AUGGGUUUUACAUUAGUGUUUUUGUCCACUUUCAUUAAAGCCAUUCUUCUCCUCUGGUGUAGCUGCAUGAGCUUGGCACAACAUUCACAAUCAAGAUCAAAUGGAACUGAUGAUCGACUAGCCUUGCUGGCCUUCAAGGCUUGCAUAACCCAUGAUCCCUUUCAUGUUGUGAGCUCUUGGAAUGACUCUAUCCCCUAUUGCGAGUGGUCCGGCGUAGUAUGUGGCGGUCGCAGGCAUCCAGAGAGGGUUAAAGCCUUGCAUUUAAGGUCUAAGGGGUUGGAGGGAUCCUUGGCACCAGAAAUAGGAAACCUCAGCUUCCUUCGAGUAAUAUCACUCGAAAACAAUAGCUUCCAUGGCGAAAUCCCUCGUGAAGUAAGUUUUCUACACAGACUUCGUUAUUUAUAUCUAUUCAACAAUUCCCUUGAAGGGGAAAUCCCAUCUAACUUAUCACAUUGCUCCAACCUUAAAGAACUUUAUUUAUCUGAGAACAAUAUUGUGGGGAAAAUUCCUAUAGAGCUAGGCACCUUGUCAAAGCUUCAAGAACUUGUAAUUGAUACCAACAAAUUGACUGGACAGAUCCCACUUUCCUUUGGAAAUCUUUCUUCUCUUCACAUCCUUUCUUUAGCAAGCAAUGGUUUUAUAGGAAGUAUUCCAAAUGCUCUUAGCCAAAUGACAAGAUUAGAUAUUCUUGUACUUGGUGGAAAUCAGUUGUCUGGUACUAUCCCUCCUUCACUCUAUAAUCUUUCCUCACUUGGUGUUUUUGAUGUUGGUUAUAAUCAACUUCAUGGGAGUCUUCCACCAAAUUUAGGCUUCAAUCUUCCAAAUUUGUUCUGGUUUUCAAUUUCAAAUAACCGAUUUCAUGGAUCGAUUCCAAUUUCGAUGUCAAAUCUAUCGAAACUCGAAUUAUUUUCUGUUCCAGAAAACAAGCUUACUGGGAAGGUAGCUCUUCAUUUUGGAGGCUUAUCAGAACUCAGAGUGGUUACAAUGUCUGUCAAUCUUUUGGGAAGUGGAGAGGCUGAUGACUUGAGUUUUAUAAAUACAUUGAUAAACUGCACUAGUUUAACAACUUUGGAGUUGGGUGAUAAUCAGUUUGGUGGUUUGUUUCCCAAUUCUAUAGCAAAAUUGUCAACUCAACUCAGGAGGUUUUCACUAGCAUAUAAUCUGAUAUAUGGAAAUAUCCCAAUAGGAAUAGACAACCUUGUAAGGUUACAACACUUGAGCCUAUCUGGAAACUAUCUAGAAGGAAGUAUUCCAACUUCAAUUGGGAGGCUUGAAAUGCUCAAUCGAGUUUAUUUAGAUGACAAUAGAUUCACAGGGCCAAUUCCUAUUACUCUAGGAAAUUUGACAUCAUUGACUGAGCUUGAUUUACGAAAUAAUCUCUUGAAUGGAAAAAUACCUUCCAGUAUUGGAAAAUGCAAAAAUUUGUUACGCUUGUAUUUUUCGGGCAAUAGUUUCACUGGUAUCAUAUCCGAAGAGAUAUUUGGUUUAUCGCAGUUAAUAGAGUUGUACUUGGGUAGGAAUUAUUUCUUUGGUUCUUUAUCUUCCGAAGUGGGUCAAUUGAUCAAUCUUGGAAUCCUAGAUGUUUCGAAGAAUAAGUUAUCUGGAGAAAUCCCCAGCACCAUUGGUUCUUGCACAAGCCUAGAGCACCUUUAUAUGGAAGAUAACUCAUUUCAAGGAUCUAUACCAUUGUCUCUGGGUUCUCUAAGAGGUCUUCAAGAUUUAGAUAUUUCACACAACAAUUUCUCUGGUUUUAUCCCAAAAUAUUUGGAAACAUUUAAGUUUCUACAAAAUUUAAAUUUAUCAUUUAAUCAUUUGGAGGGUGAGGUACCAGUAGAAGGAGUUUUUGGAAAUUUGACUCAAGUUUCAGUCGUUGGAAAUAGUAAGCUAUGUGGAGGUAUACCAAGACUUCAUCUAUCAGCAUGUCAGACUCAAAAGUCAAAUGAAGAUGACAAACCUCAAGUUUUCAAGCUAAUGAUAAUCAUUGUAUGUGGUUGUGGGGCUUUUCUAUGUUUGAUUUUUAUGAUAAUUUUUUUCAUCACCUACCGGAGAAGAAAAGAAAGGAAAGAAUCCUCGACAUUUUCAAUUGCAGAUAGACAUGUUAAGAUCUCUUAUGCCCAACUCCUUAAAGCUACCAAUGGAUUCUCUUUAACAAAUUUGAUUGGAGUGGGAAGUUUUGGUUCUGUGUAUAAAGCUAUUCUUAAUCAUGGGGAAACUAUUGUUGCAGUAAAGGUCCUAAAUAAUGGACGAAGUGGUGCUUCAAAGAGUUUCAUGGCUGAAUGUGAAGCCCUUAGAAAUAUCCGGCAUCGUAACCUUGUCAAAAUCGUUACAUCUUGCUCAAGUGUAGAUUUUGAAGGAAAUGAUUUUAAGGCUUUGGUAUAUGAGUUCAUGCCUGGUGGAAAUUUGGAUAAGUGGUUGCAUCCACAUACAAAUGAUAUUCAAGGUGAACAAAGACAUUUAAACUUUGUUCAAAGAUUGAAUAUUGCCAUUGAUAUGGCAACCGCAUUGAAUUAUCUUCAUCAUCAUUGCCAUAUUCAAAUUAUUCAUUGUGAUCUAAAGCCAAGCAAUAUUCUUCUUGACGAUGAUUUGACUGCACAUUUGGGUGACUUCGGGAUAUCAAGAAUUCUUCCAAAAGUCACUGGUAGAUCUCAAAUUCAAACAAGUUCGAUUGGAUUAAAGGGUUCUAUUGGAUAUAUUGCACCAGAGUAUGGUGCAAGUGUUGAUGUUUCAACUUACGGUGAUGUCUAUAGUUAUGGGAUUCUCUUGCUAGAGAUGUUCACAGGGAAGCGACCCACAGAUGAAAUGUUUAAGGAUAGCUUUAAUCUUCAUUGGUGGGCAGAAAUGGCUUUGCAUGAUGGAGUGAUGGCUAUCGUUGACAUAUCACUUCUCCCCAUGGAAGAAGAUGAAGAAGCAAUAACGUCAACUAUAGCCAACAUCACUACAAGUCGAAGAUGCAUGAAGGAUAGAGUGAAAGAAUGCGUUAAUUUGAUUAUUAGAAUUGGAGUUUCAUGCUCAGUUGAAUCACCAUGGGAUCGAAUGGACAUGAAUGAUGUGGUCAAAGAGUUACAUUCGAUUAGAGACCUUUAUUUUAAAGUUGGUGUGCUCAAUGAGGAAUAUGAACCAUAG